AUGGAUCCAGAUAAACAAGAUGCUCUUAAUGGUAUUGAGAAUUCCAUUUAUAGAACAGCCUUCAAAUUACGAUCAGUGCAAACUCUAUGCCAAUUGGACCUGAUUGACAGCUCCCAGAUUGAGCAUGUCCUAUUACGUCAAAGUUUCUGGGAAGCCAGGGAGCGCUCCCUUUCAGUGCGGCAGCUCUUGCAGGCACUCCAAGAGCUGUUUCAGAGAGCCGGGCUGGAAAACCCAGGACAGGUGCAUCCCAGAGCCUCCGAACUCACUCUCAGCCUUCUCAUUACAAUGUAUGACAGCACAGGAACAGGUUUUCUCCAGCUUGCACCUGCGGCGGCCGCCCUAAUAGCCCUCUCCGGGGACAGCCCUCUUACAAAGUACAGAGCUCUUUUUCAGCUCUAUGCAGAAAACAGCAGAAGAGGUUAUGAUUCUGGGGCCCGCAUGACUCGAAAGGUUUUGAGAAACCUACUAACAGACCUACAGCAGAUCCCAACUGUCGUGGGGGAGAGUCGCGCUCUGUGCUCUGUGGAAAGUGCCACCCGCAGCUGUUUCCAAGGGGUGUUGAGCCCAGCAAUCAAAGAAGAGAAAUUCUUAUCUUGGGUGCAGUCCGAACCGCCCAUCCUCCUGUGGCUCCCGACCUGCUACCGAUUAUCAGCCACUGAAAUGGUCACUCACCCUGUCCGGUGCAGAGUAUGCAGGACCUUCCCGAUCACGGGACUGAGAUACCGCUGUCUGAAGUGUCUCAACUUUGACAUCUGCCAGGUGUGUUUCUUAUCUGGUCUUCACAGCAAGUCCCACCAGAAAUCUCAUCCUAUAAUUGAGCACCACAUUCAGAUGUCAGCAAAAGAGAAUCCGAAACUCCUCAGGGCCCUCAGAAACAACCUGCUCCAAGGGCGCUGUAGGUGGAAAGAAGCUAUGAGAAGACAGUGGCUGCUGGGCCAGGUGAAUCCCAAGGACAAGGCUAACCACACACAGGCCAGGCUCCUUAAAAAACAGUUAAACCAAUGCAAAGACAAGUUGCAAGUGAUAUACAUCACCCAGGAAGAAAGAAGUUGCCGAUUUGAAACCACGAUUCACAAACUCACAACCAACCAGAAUAGUCUAUGUACUAAGCUACAACAGAUGGGACAGGAUUUACAGGCAAUAUUGCAGCCACUCCAUCCUUCAUCUUCUACCUGUCAAAAUAUGGUGUCCAAGGUUGACCAUUUUUCAGCUGAAAGGUUUUGGAAGGGAGGAGAUUCUUUCCAGAUCAACGACUCCACUGGGGACAGUUCAGAGUGGGAACCUCUUCCUAACCCCGCCAAGGUUGACAGAAGUCAAGCAAAUGCAGAGCAUGCUCUACCAAAUUCAGAAUCACCAGAGACCAUUUUGCAAAGCACCAGGGCACAAAGCCAAGCACAAAAGAUGCCGAAGGAAAUCCUUAGCUCCCUAUCCAUUUAUCAGGAGGGACUGCUGCAGGACACCCCCCAAAUGGCUCCUGCUGAAGUGAGCAGUCCUGCUAUGGCACCUUCAGAAAGGAAAGACACAAGUAACAUCAACGAGAGAAAGGAUGAGCUGGAAGAAGAGGAACUGCAAGAACUAUUGUCAAAACUUAUGGAUGCCUUCAAUCUAGAAAUGCCAUCAGGUCCACAGCCAUCUGUAAACAUCGACCUCUACAGCGGAGCUGAGCGGGUGUGCAGGGCCUUCUCUGCCCUUGUGGAUCAAAUCACCUUGCCCAGCUGGAAGUGAAAAGGGGUCCAGGCUCAAAGACCCACUGAUGUGACGGCAAAAUGCAUCUUCAUAUCUGUAUCAAAAGAAUUAAGUCUUCUACUUUGCUGUCAACAGUUGUAAACUAUGAAGAAGAGAAGUUUUAUUUUUUAAUCUCCCUAGUCACGUAUCUUAGUU